AAAAUAUAAAAUAAAAUAAACGAGAGCAUGUUGAAAAGGGGAGGAAUUUCGUGCGAAGAAGAAAGAAACUGAGAAUCAGAAGACAAAAUCAUAAACCGUAGAAAUAUUUAGGGUAUGUCUCUGGUGGAUUACGCAGAUUCUUCCGACGAAGACGAACCUCAAAACCCCGAUGCUGCCCAAGAAAAGAUUGAACAAAUUCAAGAAAAACCACCAGCCCCUGACCACCUCCAAAGCAGGGUCUCGACUACUUUGAGCCCGCCUCCAAGUAAACAAUCAGGAAAGGUUCCUGAUCAAUCUCCGGUGCUUAAACUUCCUGAUGUCGCAUUCCUCUUGGAUUCACCUGUGGUGCCAUCUCAAUUGAAUGCACCGGACCACUCAUCCCGAGUUGCAGCUGCUAUGGCAGAAAGUGCUGCAAGAAAGAGAGACUUAAAUGUAUCAGCUGGAAGCUAUCCUCGUAAUAAAGUUCCAAAACGGAUGCUGCCUAACACAAAGAGUGUUCCCGAAACUGUAGGUAGUCAUUUGCUCCCGCCUCAGCUGUCUGGAAGGAGCAAUGUCGUCACAGAAGACAUAAGCAAGCUCUUCGUGAGAAAGCAUGCUGAUUCACCAACGGAGUAGACCAAAGAAGCUGCUGAUGAAUUUGCACGUAGAAGUUGGUUUGGCAUAUCUUUACAUGUGUCUUGAGGUUCAGGUUGUAGUUUAAAAUCUUCAGUUUUCGAUUGUACGUGGGAUGUUCGAAACUUGCAGCAUCUGCUACCUUUUACUGUCCCUAUCAUAGGCAGAAAUCAGUUGGGAUUAUCAUCAUGUUUAUCCUACUGCUGAAUUGAGAAAUUUUUUAUUUGUGUAUAAUUUAACAUUAA